AUGGAUCCACAACAAGCCAAGAAAGCUCCGUCGCAUCUUGACUUGACUAGAGCGGGUUACCAAGGGAAUGAUGUGGAACAAUUGACCAGCUCGACGAUAUGCCCAACCCAGUUUGACGUACCAUACGAUGCGGCAGCAACGAAGAAGCUUGUUCGGAAAAUGGAUCUUCAUCUGAUACCAUUCCUUGCCCUUAUAUACUUGUAAGAUAAUUUUGACAUGUCUUUCUAGCUUGAAACCUCACAAUCUCUGUUAGGCUUUGCUUCCUCGACCGUACGAAUGUUGGAAAUGCGAAACUGGCAAAAAUGGAAGAAGACCUCAAGAUGAGCGGCCUGAAAUACAACCACGCGCUUGCUAUACUUUUCCCUUUCUACGUUCUGGCCGAAAUCCCUAGCAACAUCAUACUCAAGAGAUUCCGACCAAGUACAUGGUUCACGAUUAUUAUGGUCACAUGGUCUGCCAUAAUGAUAUCCAUGGGUUUUGUUAGAAAAUAUAGCGAGCUCUUAAUAUGCAGGUCAUUGCUUGGUUUUGCGGAAGGGGGUUUAUAUCCUGGCGUCACGUAUCUCAUCACCAUCUGGUAUAAGAGACAUGAAUGUGGAUUUCGAAUGGCUCUAUUUUUCUCGGCAGCUACUGCGGCAGGUGCAUUUGGAGGACUCCUAGCACGUGGGAUAUCUUCAAUGGAGGGUAUUGGCGGUUACAACGGCUGGCGAUGGAUUUUCAUCCUUGAAGGACUUCUUUCGUUAUGCGUGGCGAGCAGUGCUUAUUGGUUCAUUCAUGAUUCACCUGCGACGUAAGUGUUGGUCUCUGCGUUUUUCACUACCUAUCUAAUGUUUCUCAGUGCCCGGUUUCUCUCGCCCGUAGAGAAAGCUGAAGUCGAGAGAAGACUGAAGAGUGACUGCAGUUCGCUUUCUGAAGAAUUUGACAAGAAAUACAUUUACCAGGCAUUUAAAGACUGGAAGAUAUGGGUUAAUUGCGUGCUAACAGUCGGCAUCUUUACCCCGCUCUACUCAAUUUCUUUAUUUAUGCCAACAAUCAUUAAAAAUCUGGGGUACUCGAACAACACAGCUCAACUCAUGACAGUCCCGCCGUAUGUCACAGCCUGUUUCUGCACCUUGGUUGGCAACUGGUGCGCUGACAAGGCGGGCCAACGAGGAAUAUUCUUGAUCGGCUUUCAACUGACGGCUAUUACUGGAUUGUCCUUGUUACUUGCCACGGACGUUCCGCAUAUCCAGUAUGCAGGGACUUUCUUAGCAACUUCUGGUAAAAGAAUUCCCCUUGUAAAUUUCCCCUCGAGUUUCAGCCGCUAACAAACUGAAGGCAUCUUUUCUCUAGUUCCGUUAAUCGGAGCUUGGACUGCCAACAACAUAGGCGGGACUUUGAAACGAGCUGUUGGUAUCGCCAUGCAAAUCGGAUUUGGUAAUCUUGGUGGUGUGAUCUCUGCAUACGUCUAUCAAAAUCGCGAUGCCCCCAGGUAUGCAUAUUUUCCUUCGCUUUUCUCAACGUAUACCAACCAUACUGAUGAAUUCAGGUUCAUCCGGGGCCACGCUAUCCUUCUGGGUCUCGUCACCAUGUCCCUCUUCUUGACCGCUUUCAUGACCAGCUACCUCCGCUACGAGAACAGUCGUCGAGAUGCACUUCUCGAAGAACAGUGUUCUUCGACAGAGGAUUUCACGAUAACCAUGAAGCAGGAAGAGAGGGAGAAGGGGGAUGACGCUAUCUUUUACAGAUACACUGUUUAAUUUCUUUUUCAAUCAUUACUCUUAUUCGUUCUAUUUUAUUCGAGGUUUGCUAUGAUACUCAUGUGCGAAUAGAGGAUUUCUUCGGGGGCCUUUCAGGAAAUGGAGGCGGGCAACUUUUGUUCGUGUGGUAUUUUAUUUGCUUACUUGCUUAUUUAUUACAUGCUACCACUUUUGCUGGCUUUUCUUUUGUAUUGAUAGAUGGGUUGGGGAUGGGGUGUGGGAUCCCUCGUUUUUUCGUGGCUGCUGGGGUUGCUUUUUGUAUUGAUAGAUGGAUACGUUCGUUUUAGAAUACAC